AACGUGCAAGCGCGUCGAUCCCAUAUCGCACAUAUAUAUACACAUACAUAGCAGGGGUUGCACAAUACCAUCUCCAAACAUCAAAAACCCAAGCUCGCUCGCUCAUCGGCGAGCUCCAAAUCCACCUGUGUAGCUCAACAGGACGCACACGCAGAGCAGCUAGCUACCAAAGCAUAACAAGCUCUGCAGCCUCAAGAGUGAACAUGAUGCGGUGUAGCGACCGCCUCCUCUGCAGCCUCUUCCUCGCCGCCGCGCUGUUCGGCGUCGCCGCCGCGGCGACGCGGCGCCACGACUGGGACAUCAGCUACCAGUUCACGUCGCCCGACUGCGUACGCAAGCUGGCCGUCACCAUCAACGGCCACACGCCGGGCCCCACCAUCCGCGCCGUCCAGGGGGACACCAUCGUCGUCAACGUCAAGAACUCGCUGCUGACGGAGAACGUCGCCAUCCACUGGCACGGCAUCCGGCAGAUCGGCACGCCGUGGGCGGACGGCACGGAGGGCGUCACCCAGUGCCCCAUCCUCCCCGGCGACACCUUCGCCUACACCUUCGUCGUCGACCGCCCGGGCACCUACAUGUACCACGCCCACUACGGGAUGCAGCGCUCGGCGGGCCUCAACGGCAUGAUCGUCGUCGAGGUCGCCCCCGGCGCCGCCGGCGACGGCGAGCGGGAGCCGUUCAGGUACGACGGGGAGCACACCGUGCUGCUCAACGACUGGUGGCACCGGAGCACGUACGAGCAGGCGGCGGGGCUCGCGUCCGUGCCCAUGGUGUGGGUCGGCGAGCCGCAGUCGCUGCUCAUCAACGGGCGCGGCCGGUUCGUGAACUGCUCGUCCUCGCCGGCGACGGCGGCGUCGUGCAACGUGUCGCACCCGGACUGCGCGCCGGCGGUGUUCGCCGUGGUGCCCGGGAAGACGUACCGCUUCCGCGUCGCCAGCGUCACCUCCCUCUCCGCGCUCAACUUCGAGAUCGAGGGGCACGAGAUGACGGUGGUGGAGGCCGACGGUCACUACGUGAAGCCGUUCGUGGUGAAGAACCUCAACAUCUACUCCGGCGAGACCUACUCCGUCCUCAUCACCGCCGACCAGGACCCCAACCGCAACUACUGGCUCGCCUCCAACGUCGUCAGCCGCAAGCCGGCCACCCCCACCGGCACCGCCGUCCUCGCCUACUACGGCGGCCGCCGCAACAGCCCCCGCGCCCGCCCGCCCACGCCGCCGCCCGCCGGCCCGGCGUGGAACGACACCGCCUACCGCGUCCGCCAGAGCCUCGCCACCGUCGCGCACCCGGCGCACGCCGUGCCCCCGCCGCCGACCUCCGACCGCACCAUCCUGCUGCUCAACACGCAGAACAAGAUCGGCGGGCAGAUCAAGUGGGCGCUCAACAACGUCUCCUUCACGCUGCCUCACACGCCGUACCUCGUCGCCAUGAAGCGCGGGCUCCUCGGCGCCUUCGACCAGCGCCCGCCGCCGGAGACGUACGCCGGCGCCGCCGCGUUCGACGUGUACGCCGUGCAGGGGAACCCCAACGCCACCACCAGCGACGCGCCGUACCGGCUCCGGUUCGGCUCCGUCGUCGACGUCGUGCUCCAGAACGCCAACAUGCUGGCGGCGAACAGCAGCGAGACGCACCCGUGGCACCUCCACGGCCACGACUUCUGGGUGCUCGGCCACGGCGCCGGCCGGUUCGACCCGGCGGUGCACCCGGCGGCGUACAACCUCAGGGACCCAAUCAUGAAGAACACGGUGGCGGUGCACCCGUUCGGGUGGACGGCGCUCCGGUUCAGGGCGGACAACCCCGGCGUGUGGGCGUUCCACUGCCACAUCGAGGCGCACUUCUUCAUGGGCAUGGGCAUCGUCUUCGAGGAGGGCGUCGAGCGCGUCGGCGAGCUGCCGCCGGAGAUCAUGGGCUGCGGCAAAACCAGGGGCGGCCACUGAUGAUCGUGUAGUAAAACUGAAAUUAAUUACCAGAAGCUAGCCGUUCGAUCGCCAUUGAUUUUUAUCACAAUUAAUUCUUUUGUUUUGGAUACUAUCUCGAUCAUAUGGAUGCAUGGUAGCUUCGUAGCUAGUUAAUUAUAUUCAUAUUAGUGUUUAACACUAUGUUAGUUAGGUCCGUAUUAUUCCACACUAUGGUGUGUAAUUUGCAAUGGUGAAAAUGGUGAUUUAUUACUGCCAAGAUGUACUGUAAAAAAAGUAACAACUAUUCAAAUAAAUGAAUGUAUUACCUGAAGUCUUCUGAUCA